AUGGCGGCCGUGCAAGGCGGUAUGGCCGACGUAGAUGAAAUAAAGGACAUUAAAACGGAACCAUCAAUAGAUGGCAUUGCAAACAACAACGCGAACGACGGGAAGAUACACUCCACGUCCCCCGGUCCCGGUGCUUCGGGUGGAGGUAACAAACCAGCGCCAGGAGCCCCUGAGGAGCAGCAGACGUUGCUGGCAAUUCUGCAAUUCCUGAAAAAGAACCAACUGUCGGAGUCCGUCGACAUUUUGCGUCGUGAAGCUGGAUUACCGGAGAAUUUGUUGGAUUUGAAGGCGGGCGAUGUGUCCGCGGGUUCUGCGGGUGCACCAGGAACUGUGGAGGGAGGAGGUCUGGAUGCCAACUCUCUUCUAAACCGUGUGACAUCAUCUGCGGGAGCACCAGCGCCGGUCAAAGCACCCGCGGGAGAGGACCAACCAGAUGUGAGUGUGGUUCUGUCAGCCUACAGCCAGCAAGGAGACCCCACUCUCUACGAAACUUACUACAGCGGCUUGAAAAAGUUUAUAGAGACGGUUCUGGACUGUCACAGAGCAGAACUGUCCCAGGUGUUCUACCCACUGUUUGUGCACAUGUACCUGGAACUGGUCUACAACAACAACGAGAAUGAGGCCAAGACGUUCUUUGACAAGUUCAGGGGGGAUCAAGAGUGCUAUUAUAGGGAUGACCUGCACAUUUUGUUGGGUAUAACAAAGAAGGAGCAUAUGCGAGGCAACGAGACCCUGCUGGACUUUCGCACCAGCAAGUUUGUCCUGCGAAUAUCCCGGGACUCAUACCAGCUGCUCAAGAGGCACCUUCAGGAGCGCCAGAACAAUCAGAUUUGGAAUAUCAUCCAGGAGCACCUCUACAUUGACAUCUUUGAUGGCAUGCCACGCAGCAAGAGUCAGAUUGAUGCCAUGUCUGGCAGUCUGGCAGGAGAGGGCAAGAGAGAAGCUAAUAAGGCUAAGGUUUACUAUGGAUUGCUUAAGGAACCGGAAAUUGAACUUCCACUUGAUGAUGAGGAUGAGGAAGCAGAGAAUGAAGAGGGUAAACCCAAGAAGAAGAAACCCAAAAAAGACAGCAUGGGCUCCAAGAGCAAGAAGCAGGACCCCAAUGCACCUUCCCAGACAAGAAUACCCCUUCCAGAAUUAAAAGAUUCUGACAAACUGGACAAGAUCAUGUACAUGAAAGAGGCCACCAAGAGGAUCCGACUGGGACCAGAUAACCUUCCUUCCAUUUGCUUCUACUCUUUUCUUAAUGCAUAUCAGGGUCUAACAGCUGUGGAUGUCACAGACGACUCCAGCUUAAUUGCAGGAGGCUUCGCUGACUCCACAGUCAGAUUGUGGAGCGUCACUCCGAAAAAGCUUCGCAAAGUCAAGUCGGCUGCAGACUUGAAUCUGAUUGACAAGGAGUCUGAUGACGUGCUGGAGAGGAUCAUGGAUGAAAAAACAUCCAGCGAGUCCAAGAUGUUGUAUGGGCACAGUGGUCCUGUGUAUGGUAUCAGCUUCAGUCCAGACAGAAACUACCUACUGUCAAGCUCCGAAGAUGGCUCAAUCAGGCUGUGGAGCCUGCAAACCUUUACAUGCCUGGUGGGCUACAAAGGUCACAACUACCCAGUGUGGGAUACCCAGUUUUCUCCACAUGGGUACUAUUUUAUCUCUGCAGGACACGACAGAGUUGCUCGUCUGUGGGCUACAGAUCACUACCAGCCACUGCGGAUGUUCGCUGGUCACCUGGCAGACAUCACUUGCACCCGCUUCCAUCCUAACUCAAACUACGUGGCCACAGGGUCGUCUGACCGCACCAUCCGCCUGUGGGAUGUUCUGACAGGGAACUGUGUCCGCAUCUUCACUGGUCACAAGGGUCCAAUCCAUGCGCUGUCAUUUUCUCCCAAUGGAAAGUUUUUGGCUUCGGGGGCUACUGAUGGCCGAGUUCUCCUGUGGGACAUUGGUCACGGUCUCAUGAUCACAGAGCUCAAAGGCCACACAGACACCAUCUACUCUCUAAGGUUCAGCAGGGACGGAGAGAUUCUUGCCUCUGGCUCUAUGGAUAACACCGUUCGCCUAUGGAACGCCACAAAAGCAUUUGAUGAUUUGGAGACUGACGACUUCACUGCAGCUACAGGACACAUUCACCUACAAGAUAACUCACAGGAGCUUCUGCUUGGCUGCUACACAACUAAAUCCUCACCUGUCAUACAUCUUCACUUCACCCGCAGAAAUCUACUGUUGGCUGCAGGUGCCUACAACCCUUAAGACUUUAUUGAAUUGAGAAACCAACAAAAGCUUGAAAUGAACAUUUCUUCCAUAAAGUGACUGAUAGUUUUAGGCAGUGGGAAAAUACCUGAUGAUACAUUUUGUAAAUUAUGUUUUGUAACUACUACACUGGACCUAAAGGAAGUCCUAAGAAUGUGCCACUGUAACUGGUUAUUAUGUUAGAAAUCAUUUUGUAUUAUAUUAUUUUAUAGCUAAACAUGUAAAUAAAAAAAAGUGUUUUUUA